AUGAAAGAAAAGAAAUCAUCCGAAGACGACCCCACCAUUGAAUUCCAAGACUAUUUGGACGAGUCUCAGCUUGACGCCGUAAUGCAGCUUGUGACAAAGGAUCUUUCAGAGCCAUAUUCAAUAGACGAUGGGAAACCAAUUGGUUGCGUGGUCUGCAAGAUUGACCAAGAAGAAGCGAUACAAAAUGGAGAACAAAGAAUGAUGAAAACAGGUUAUAUUGGCAUGCUGGCUGUGCAAUCCUCCUAUCGCCGAAGAGGAAUCGGAAAGUCUCUGGUACGAAAGGUAUUGGAACGGAUGAAAGCAAUGAAGUGUGAAUCUGUAAUGUUGGAAACAGAAAUGUCAAAUGUGACAGCACAGAAAUUAUAUCAAAGGUCUUUUGGAUUCAUUCGCGAGGAAAAGUUGGUACGAUACUACUUGAACUGGGGAGAUGCCUAUAGACUGAGAUUGUGGUUUUGA